UGAUAAAGGAAUAAAUUUUGGUCUGUAGCCCUUAGCGCUGGUGCUGUAAACACAUAAAUGAAAUACUGUUACUGUUAUCAGUCAUUUAAAAAAAAAUAUUUAAUAUUAGGUUUUCCGACUUAGACCAGUUAGAAUAAUUUAGAAAUUUACAUUAUGAUUUUGAGAUUUGAAUGUUAAAAUAUACUUUUUUUUAUUUACAAUUACUUAAAUCUAUUUGUUUUUAAUACUGAUUAGCCAAAAAUAAGCUAAUUAUGAGUAAAAGACCGAGAACGGAACCAUCAACUAAUGGUCAAGAAGACAUUUGGGGUGAUGAUUUUACUUACGAUGAAGUAAAUUCUAUUGUCAACAUUGAAUCAUUAGCAUCACAAUCACAUUUUUCUGUCAGUUUAAAUCAUCCUGGUAAGCAAAAAGACAAUCAAAUUAGAGAAGGAGAGAUAAAAAAUUUAAAGAAUAAAAUUAAACAAUUAGAAAUUCAACUAAGCAAUACAAAACAAGAAAAUGAUGAUAAAUUUAAAAAUAUGAAACAUAUUAUAGAUUGUAAAGAUACAGAGCUUAAAUUUCAGCAACAAGAAAUGACUUCUCUUAAAAAUAAGAUAAAAGAAAUGAAGAUAAUUAACAAAAAUAUCCCUCAGAAAAAUGUAUCAUUUAGCUGUAUGAAAACUGGAAGUAACUCAACUUUAUUGCAUAAUGCUUCAGAACAUAAUAUAAAAAAAAAUACAUCAACUCAAACAAUGAAUAAUGAACAAUACCUAUUUAUAAGGGAUCAUUUUCCUGAAAUAAAUAAAAGUUAUGAAAAGCUAAAAAAAUGUUUAUAUCCUGACUUACUUGGUAUUCAAAGUAAUCAAAAUGAUGUAAGAACUUUAAGUGCAAUACAAGAUUGUCAUUUAAUUUUAGCUAAAUUAAUGGUGUUAGAAACUUUUGAUGAAUUUCAAUCUUACUCAUUAAUUGAAUUGUUGUUUGAAAACUGUAAACAUAUUUUAGAAUCUACAGUUGAAAUACUUCAAGAGACAAUAGAGGAUGAGGAUUUUGUCCACAGAGAAAAACAAUUAAUUUAUAAUUACUUAAAUUUGAAUAAACAAUACUUGAAAAAUAGGUUUUCUAUGUUUGAUCUACAAUUCUCUCAUUUAUUAGAUUGCAUAUCAGUAUUAACUACUAUUUCUACUAUUGUUCCAAGAAUUAUUAUGAAUCAUUCAAAUAACUUAUUUCAAACAGUUGUACAAUUUUUACAACUAAUUGGUUCACAAAGUCGUACCUUAGAAUAUGUUUCUGUAAUUAUAGCAUUGAUAAAGUUUCUUACAAAUUUAUGUAGUUGUAAUUGGGAAAUAACAAAACAAAAGCAAUUAGACAUUUAUGAUAUAAUUAAAGAAAUAGUAUUCUGUCGCCCAUGCAUUAACAUUAUACGAGAACUAAUCAAUCUGUUAAGCAAAAUUUCUAUUUAUACAGAGAUAACAGACAACCUAUGUCAAUUAUCUGAUAAUUUAACUCCUAAAACAUUUAUUCUAUCUGACAGAAUUAGUACAUUUACAACAGGAACAUGUGUUCUUCGUGUCCUUUGUCUUCAAUUAGAACUUCUCAAACACAGCAAUCAUCUUAUUACAAACUAUUUAUAUUUUGUGUAUAUGCUUUUAAAUAGUACACAUGUACCUAAAUGGAUGCACAAAAUACCAAAUAAAACAUGUGAUUGUACUGCAUCAUUUAUAGAUUUAACUAUUCAAUGUUUAUACACUGUUUUCAAUAUUUAUGAAAAAGGAAGAGAAUCUUGUGACACUGAUUUAUUGAAACUUGUGGAAGAAAUUGUUGAAAAUAGUUAUUCUAUAUUAUAUCGUUUGGGAAAGUUAGACGAAGAAUUUCGUACUCACAUAAGUAAAUGUAAGGGUCGUUAUGAUGUUAUUGUUCGGAAAAUUCAAAAGCUUGAAUUUGACAAAUCAAACAAAUUUUUAGUAAAAGAAUUGAAAAAAUUUGAAUUCAAAUCAUUAACACAUAGUCAAUACAAUUCUUCUGUAAUUUAUGAAGUAUUUCCGAUUGAUAAACCAAAGUUUACACAAAAAUCACAAUACCAAUUUGAUGAACCUAAUAAACAAAUUGUUGAAAAUAAUUAAUGAAAUAAUCAACAAUGCAUAAAUUAGAUCAUAUAGGAGCAAUAUGCAGGUGGAGGCUGUCGUUCACCCAAACAAUUUUCAGGACAUUUGUAACUAAGAUGGCCUUCUUUGCCACAUUCAUAACAAAAACUUUUGUC